CGUCCCGUUCCGUUCACGGGUACAAAUAACCAGCGCACCCUGGCGAGGAGGAGAGAGCUGUGCUAGAAGAACAUACCCCAACCCUGUGAAGAAGAAAAAGAAGAAGAAGAAGAAGAAGAAGAGCACAUCGGCCGAUCGCCGUCCGUCCAAGAAGAAGAAGCUAGGCAUCACGCCAGGCCAGAUAAUUGUCUACCCAGCGAGCAUGAGGAUGAGGACCACCAGCCUCCUCCUUGCCACCGGCGUCGUUGCUGCCGUCGUCUGCGCCACUGUCAACCCCACACCUGGGUGGAAAUCCUGCGAGGACGGCCCCAAGAUCGACGAGCUCGCAAAGUGGGCGCUGGCGGAGAUGAAGCAAGGCCUCCAGUUGAGCAGCGUGCUCCGUUGCGAGGAGCAAGGCCUAGGCGCUCAAGGAAUCAUCUAUCGUAUCCUGCUGAACGCGCUCGACCGCACCGGCGGGACGGGCCACUACACGACGGACGUGUACGAUGAGGCGGCGACCAAAGUGCGCAAGCUCCUCUACUUCGGCACUGCCCCGUGAUAGGUAGCGGCCGGGCUGGGAGGACUAUCUAGGGUGAUGUGAUUAAUCAAGCCAGUGUUUCCCAUGUGGGUGUAGUAUCAAGCAUGUUUGUCUUUUGUUUCGCACCACUAAUAAGAUGUUGCAAGAAAAGCAGUAAUGCUA